GUCGUAGCGCGCAGUAGUGCGCUAGUGUUGCCGGAGUGCGCCCGCGUCCGCGUAGCAGCGUAGCGCUCGCGUAGCCGCAACUACUUUACGUUCAGUGUCGCCUUCUAGUGUUCUAUUGUAAUUAUUACGAGAAGAUAUCGAACUAAAUAUUCUGGAUGUGCAGAUACUCAACUGUAUAAACGUGAGCACCUGAGGGCGAUGAGUCGCGCGACAGAGGCGACAACUCCGACCUGUACCGAACUCAUUCCUUGCGAAACGACUGACGCGCACUGACAGCGCGUGACGCCAACAUGGACCUGUCGUCGAUAUCGCCGCUGCAGCUGCUGCAGAACGCCACGGACAUGCUGAACUCGACCAACGAUGACACGUGGUACCUGUCGGACAGCGCGGCCGAGAUGUGGAGCAUGAACGUCACCAACAGCACGAACAGUACGAGUGAAGUGCCGGCGCGGCCCAUGAGCCGCUCGCUCGGCCUCGUGGUCAAGGUGGUGUACGCCAUCGGCAUCGUCGGCAACGCGUGCGCCAUCAUCGCGCUGCGCCGCGGCGAGCGACGCAUCAGGAACAGGAAGCAUCUGCUGCUGCUCACCUCGCUCGCCGCCAACGACCUGGUCGCGCUGGUGGGCAUGAUGUGCGCGCUGCUGGUGAGCGAGCUGGUGCCGGGCGCGGGCGGCUCGCGCGCCUACUGCGCCGCGCGCGUUGUGCUGCGGGUCUUCGGCAUCGGCUCCGUGUGCAUCGCCGUCACCAUGGCCAUGGAGCGCUACCUCGCGCUCACCAGGCCCUUCCUCUACCAGAAGCAAGUGACGUACUACGUGAUCCGCACGGCGCUGCUGGCGUCGUGGUUCUGGGCGGCGGCGCUGACGUGCGCGCCCAUCCUGGGGCUCGGCCGCUACUACAACGAGCCCGCGCGGGAGUGCGUGCGCUACCGCAACGCCGUCACCCUCAGCGACUUCGCCUACGCCAUCGUCUACGUCGUCUUCGGCACGAUGCUGUGCGUGGUGCUGGUGUACUGCAACCUGGCCGUGAUCCGCGCGCUGUACGCGAUCUCGGCGCCGCGCGGCGGCGGGCCCGUGGUGCGGCGCGUGUCCAAGUCGUCGUGCCGGCAGCGCGCGCGCACGGCGCCCGGCGCGCCCGCGCACCACAACGCCGCCACCGCCGAGGAGGUCGCCUUCAGCCGCCUCAUGGCCACGCUCUCCGUGCUCUUCAUGAUCUGCUGGAUGCCGCAGAUGCUGACGUCGGCGCUGCACCUGGGGCUGGGCGCGCGGCCCUGGCUGAAGCCGCUGUCCAUGCUGUCGGACAUGCUGAUGCUGCUCAACUACGUGCUCAACCCCAUCCUGUACGUGCUCAUGCGCCAGCACAAGCGCUGGUCGCUCACCAAGCUGUGCCACUCCAUCGCGCACUGCUUCAAGCGGAGUCACAAAACGUCGACGGAGUCGGUGUCGAUGAAGACGUCGUGCUGCCCGCAGGAGACGGUGAUGGUGAGCGACAGCUCGGGCGCCGAGCUGCGGCCGCUGCGUGCGCCCGUGCUCGACUGACGGCCCGCCCCCGCCCGCUCCCCGCGCGCCUGGCCACCCUCCCGUGCUCUAUGUCAAUACAUUCAUGAGAACAAUCAGCAGUGAUGUGAGAGGAGUCCGUUAUGUCUUCGUACAGUCAGCAUGACGUGGUGUGACACAAGCGAGUGCUAUGCGAGCGAGUUAUUCCGCUGUGCACCAGUGUGAACAAGUGCUCGUCUCCGCUGCAUCGUAUAAUAAAAAUAAGUACAAAUUGUGUUGCAUUUCACACAGUACUUUAAGACCAAACACCGUUUUUGUCUGACUUAUUAUAUUGAACGUAUUAGCGCCAGCUAAGCCCUCUAGUGAUAAAAGGUUGAUGAAAAAUAAUUGACCAUAUCAAUUAUACUGACGGGAAACUAUGGUUCUGUCUUAAAGUAGGUACCUACACUAGUACCGGGACUUUUCGCACUGUUAAACUUCUAAUUAAGGUAUUGUAUAGUAAAGUUUAUUAAUAAGUAAUGUUAAAAACCGUAAAGAUAAUUAAAUACGUACAUAAUGAAUGUACUUAACACAAAGUUAAAUGGUUUAGACCGACUAUAUGUAUUUCUGUAAUACGACGAUACAAGUGUGGAUGUGCAAAGCUAGUCAUUAAAAGUUACCCAAUAUGUUAUAAAUUCUUUGUACAUAAUCAAAAAUGUCAAUGAAAUGUUCUAUAACAAAUGUUAUGAAAGAUCACUUUCACCCCCCAACGAAUAAAUAACUACCUAUAGAUAGGAUUAAGUUAUUUAAGUAAAUGUGUGUAUAAAUAGAAAUAUUUUAGAGUAAUUUAUAGAUGAUACCUAGGUACCUAUGUUGUAUUAAUAAUUAUAAAAAGUACAUUAACGUUCAUGUACUUUACUCCACCACGUAUUACAUUAUUAGCAUUCUUAAUUAUAAUCGCUUGUGCUGACAAGUGAUUUUAAUUAUAUUAUAGUAAUCUAAAAUCAAUGCUUAUCACAUUUACAAUAACUCUGGCAACUGGGUCCUUGCCCACAAACUUCAUUUACUUGGGACGUAACACUUGUCAAAUCAAAUCAUUUAUUUUUAUUUAAUUUAGGCCUUUUAAUUUCCCCUAUUGUAAUCGUCUAUGUAUUCUGUCGUACGUUCGCUAUUCGAGUACCUACUCUUUGUAUAUACCUACGUCCUUCGUAAUCCCUCACACAUGCAUAUUGGAUGGAUGUGCCCCAAGCCACCUAACUAGGUACCUAUAUAAAAUGAAAUGAAAUCGUUUAUUUUGCUAGUUGGACACUACAUCACUUUUACACUUCAUUUUAAGAACGCUGGGGUUGGCAUUUCCUAACUGACUGAUCCCUGAGAAGAAACGCCGAAACAAACUCAAGGGUUAUAUUCUUUUUAUAGUAUGGCUAUAAGUUUAUACGCCUACGUUAUUUAUUACACAGGAUAGACUGCUUAAAAGGAGGCAUCUAGACCAUCAGUGCUAUCUUUAGGCCUACCAUUUUAUGUCACAGUCCUGUGUAUUGUAUCAUCUCGUGACGGUGCUAAUGGACAACGUCAUGGAGUGGGUAUAAUUGUGCGUGCAGAUAACUUUCUUGUACCUUUACAACGUUUUAUUUAAGUAAGUACAUACCUUAAAGUACGAUGUUCAAGUAACCUAAGAAAAUAAACGAAACGUGUGUACCUACUGAUCGGCUACAUUUGUAAUACUCAUUGUAAGAUACUGUUCAAGUGUGAAAUAAUUUGUAUUAUUCUCAUAACGAUGUAGCUACUGUUGGAUUAUGGUUACGAUCGCUUAUAGAGUGACUUGUGUAUACCUUUCUAUUAUAAAAUGACAAAGAUGCACAUAGCUUUAAUAGUUAUAAUUUUACUAAGAUAAUCCGUCUGAAUAAUAUUACCUAUUAAUAAAAAAUAUCUAUGAUGCAUUA